CCUCCUCCCUCCAGCGCAGAUCUUUGCGCGUGCGCUGUGCGUCGCUGCUGUGACUGGAAAGUUUUUUUUCUAUCACUCUUUAUGUGUUUUUUGUCGCAUUUAUCAGUCGAUAAUGUCGCAUUCUGGCGAGGACAGACUUUUCCUGAAGCGUAUCGGAUGACAAGAGGAGACCUAGAAGGACGGACAUGGCCGUAGAAGCGGCUCGUUAUUACCGAGCUGGCGAUUUGCGAAUCGGGGCUCAGUUUUUACCGAAGCUGGACGACCGAGUUGGUGCCUUUGGAGGUUGCCGACUAACCAGGUUAAUCUAACUGGCUCCAGUGAACCUCCACUGGGGGAGACUCUUUGACAUGAGGCUGUAGAGGACAGCUCCCCUCCCUGGAUUACCUUUAUCGGUCACCACCACCACCACCAUCAUCACAGCCAUGGCUGACCAAAACCAUUACUGGACGGUGCUACCGAGCUACAAAACUAGUUUUGUUACCGGGGCCAUGAUGAAAAGAACCAAAGGUGCCCGUAACAACAAGAGGAGGAGUUUGGCGGUCGGGACCCCUUCGCCCACACUCUCACGACCGCUUUCACCUCUCCCACUCACUACAGCUGGCAGCAGUCCUUCAGAAAGCCCAAGAAAUGUCUCCGCUAGCAACUCUGCCAACUUCCAGUUUGCCCGCAGCCAUCUGGCCCGCACUGAGAGCAGAGGAGAUGGCCGAAGAUGGUCCGUGGCAUCGGUUCCCUCCUCGGGAUACUGCACCAAUGCAACCAGUUCGUCAGUAUCUUCAUCCUCCUCCCAGGAGCUUUUGCACCAGCUGCCUCUCCAGCCGACACAAGAUGAUCUCCACUUCCUGUUUAAACAUUUCCGGAGCACGGAAAGUGUGGCAGAUGAGGAAGGACCACACACUUCACCCACUGUCAGGGUCCGCUCGCGCAGCCUCAGCCCUGGACGAACCUGUGGAACAUUCGACAAUGAGAUUGUCAUGAUGAAUCAUGUCUAUAAAGAACGAUUUCCCAAGGCAACAGCGCAGAUGGAGGGUCAACUUCUGGACAUUAUUGAAGAAUGCUCGCCUGGAACUUCUCUACCCCUGGGCGAUGGCGUCCUUGGGUUCAUCCAGCACCAGCUGGUGGAACUGGUCCGAGACUGCCUGGAUAAGUCCCAGAAAGGCUUGGUCACAUCUUGCUACUUUGUGGAGCUGCAGGAGAAGCUGGAGAAGCUUUUGCAUGAGGCGUAUGAACGUUCCGAGAGUGAGGAAGUGACCACCAUUACAAAACUAGUGAAGAAAAUUCUCAUCAUCAUCUCCAGGCCUGCCAGGCUUCUGGAAUGUCUGGAGUUUGAUCCUGAGGAGUUCUACCAGCGUUUGGAGACUGCGGAAGGUCAAGCCAAGGUGAGCCAGGGGAUCAAGACGGAUAUUCCCAGAUACAUCAUCAGUCAGCUGGGACUCACCAGGGAUCCUCUUGAAGAGAUGGUCCAACUGGAACAAACAAGCCCAGUUCACAGGUCUGCCAGCAGAGAAUCCGAUGAGUCUGGAGAGGCAACGCCAACCCAGAGCCGGGCAGUUUGCACUCCCCCGCGUAGGAAACCGCUGGAGAGUGACUUUGAAACCAUCAAGCUAAUUAGCAAUGGCGCCUAUGGAGCUGUAUUUCUAGUCCGUCACAGGGAAAUGCGACAGCGCUUUGCCAUGAAGAAGAUCAACCGGCAGAACCUGAUUUUGAGAAAUCAGAUCCAGCAGGUCUUUGUGGAGCGAGACAUCCUCACCUUUGCUGAAAACCCAUUUGUGGUUUCCAUGUUUUGCUCUUUUGAAACACGCCGGCAUCUCUGCAUGGUCAUGGAAUACGUAGAAGGUGGUGAUUGUGCCAAUCUUUUGAAGAACAUCGGUCCUCUGCCUGUGGACAUGGCACGCAUGUAUUUUGCAGAAACCGUCCUGGCUUUGGAGUACCUUCACAACUAUGGCAUCGUACACAGAGACCUCAAACCUGACAAUUUGUUAAUCACCUCCAUGGGGCACAUCAAGCUUACAGACUUUGGACUGUCAAAGAUUGGCCUUAUGAACAUGACAACCAAUUUGUAUGAAGGACACAUUGAGAAGGACACGAGAGAGUUCAUCGACAAGCAGGUGUGUGGCACCCCCGAGUACAUCGCUCCUGAGGUGAUAUUGCGGCAGGGCUAUGGCAAGCCUGUCGAUUGGUGGGCUAUGGGCAUUAUCCUCUACGAGUUCCUUGUGGGAUGCGUGCCUUUCUUUGGAGACACGCCAGAACAGCUUUUCGGUCAGGUGGUUAAUGAUGACAUCAUCUGGCCCGAGGGAGAUGAUGCUCUACCAGCUGAUGCCCAAGACCUUAUCACCAGACUACUUCGUCAGAGUCCGCUGGAGCGCCUGGGAACAGGUGGAACUAGUGAGGUGAAGAUGCACACGUUCUUCCUGGGACUUGACUGGAAUGGCCUUCUGAGGCAAAAAGCGGAGUUCAUACCACAGUUGGAGACUGACGAGGACACCAGUUAUUUUGACACACGAUCCGAGCGAUACUCUCACCUCGGUUCGGACGAUGAUUAUGAAACAAACGACGACGAGUCUUCUCUCGAACUGCGACAGUUCUCCUCCGUGGCCCAUCGGUUCAGCAAGGUGUACAGCAGCACGGAGCACCUGUCCACCUCGACACCGUCCAACCAGAGCUUGUCAUCUUCAGAGCGGAGCCAUAGCGAAGAAAAGGACGAGCGGUGGGAAGGCAGAGGCGGCUUUUCCCCCGGUGAUGGACACAAACACCUGGCCAUCGGAGACAGAACAGAUGGAGUCAGGGGGAGCUUGCGUCCUCGUGCUUCGUCCAGUUCAUCUCAGUCAGAGCGCAGUGCUAGCCCGCUAGUAUUAAAUAGCACUCAGAGCCUUGACUUGAUGCCUCGCUUUGCCAUCGCUGCCGAGGAGGAGGAUGGUAUGGUCUCCAAUCUGCGGCGCAUUCGUCUGCGCAGCAACAGCACAGGCACCAGGCCGUCAUUCCGCAGAGGCGCGUCCAGACGCAUCGCCCACCAACUGGACACCCCAGAAAAACCCAGACCUCCUGCUGGGAAAGUCCCCAAGUCUGCCUCGGUCUCUGGACUCUCCCUCAUUAUUACCCCAGAUGACUCAGCGGGUCCCUCUUCCAGUCCCAAGUCAUCUCUAUCGCUCUCGUCCAACCCGUCGUCAAGAGACUCCUCCCCCAGCCGGGAUCUUUCCAUCAACAUCAGCUGCCUCAGGCCUCCAGUGGUCAUCCACAGCUCCGGGAAGAGGUUUGGCUUCGCUUUGCGAGCGAUCAGAGUCUACAUGGGGGACACCGAUGUCUACACAGUUCACCACAUGGUUUGGUGUGUGGAGGACGGAAGCCCGGCGCACGAGGCUGGUUUGAGAGCUGGUGACCUCAUCACUCAUGUCAAUGGUGAAUCUGUACAAGGUCUUGUCCAUACUGAGGUGGUAGAGCUUCUGCUUAAGCAGAGUGGCAACCGGGUGACCCUCCAGACCACCGCUUUGGAAAACACUUCCAUCAAAGUGGGGCCUGCCAGAAAGACGAGCUACAAAGCCAAGAUGGCGCGACGCAGUAAGAAAAGCAAAAGGAGAGAUGGGCAAGACAGCCGACGGCGUAGCAUCUUCAAGAAGCUGUCCAAACAUACGCCCCCUGCACCGAUGCAAAGCAGUCGUAGCUUCUCGUCCGGCUUCCACCAGUCAUCUAGCGACAGCCUCUCUGGCUCUCCCACUCAGUCUCUCUCCCCCGGCCCGUCCACUCCCUGUCGCUCCCCUGCUCCUGACCACUCUGGAGAUUCAAGUUCCUCUCCCUGCUCCAGCUCCCCUAACUCACCGGUACCUCAGACUCGUCCCAGCUCCCUUCACGUGAUGGGCCGCUACACCAAGGCCGGUCGCUGCAAGUCCACCAGCAGUAUCCCGCCGUCCCCACUGGCCUGCAUCCCACCUCCCCAACCUGUGUCUCCACAGUGCUCCCCCUCCUGCCUCCCUAGCCACCCAAAGUCAUUACAGGGCUUUCAUGGUAAAACGCUGUCCCCUCCCACUAUCGCCCGCCAUUCCGUGCGUCCCCGCAGUGCCGAGCCGCCGCGCUCGCCGCUCCUCAAAAGAGUCCAGUCAGCAGAGAAACUAACUGGUGACAAAGCAACAGGCGGGUAUCAUUGUGAGAGGAAAGCCUACAGCACGCGUCGCCAUACCAUGGAGGUGCCUCUGUCUGAGGGCGAGGACGCAGAGGAGGAUGCCGCCACCAGCUUCGUCUGCGUGGGCGAACACGGCCGCCAAGGGCUGUACGUCGGGGGCCCAAGAGGCCACCAGGACGUUAUCGGAGGAGGCAAUGAGCACCACCGCUCUGCCGCCUCACCGCAACACCGUGGCGGCAACCACCACUCAUCCGAGGUGGUGGUGAUGAGAAAGCUGGCCCUGUCCGAGCGCCGGGACUCCUUCAAGAAGCAGGAGGCCGUGCAAGAAGUGAGUUUUGACGAUUUGGAUGAGAGGGAGGCCACGCUUCCUCACACUCAGCCCAAGACGUUCAAGGCUUCCUGGGUCAGCUCGGCCCAGUCAGACUCCAAGAUGAAGGUGGGGGGGAAAGCAACACAGCAGAAAGCCAAGUCUAAAGAUGAAGAACAGUUUUAGAUGUAGUCACUUCACAAGGGAUCGAAAUUAACAACCAGUUUGUUCUGGGGUAUCUGUUAAAAAAAAAAAAGUUAGGUUUUUGGACUUUUUGAGGAAAUUUUUGGGAUGGGCCUAAAAAUGCACUAUUAUCCAUACAGUUGAACAUAAUUUAACCAUUUCUGUGACAAGCAUAAAUUAAGUUUAUCACUAAAAGUUACAGUUGCACUCGGUGGCGCACUGGUUAGCAUGUCCGCCUCACACUUGGGAAGAUGCCGGCUCGAUUCCACCUCCGACCCUCCCUGUGUGGACUUUGCAUGUUCUCCCUGGGCCCGCGUGGGUUUUCUCCGGGCACUCCGGUUUCCUCUCACAUCCCAAAAACAUGCUUGGUAGGCCGAUUGAGCACUCCAAAUUGUCCCUAGGUGCAAGUGUGAAUGGUUGUUGGCCUCUGUGUGCCCUGCGAUCGUCUGGCAACCGGUUCAGGGUCCCCCCCGCCUAUUGCCCGAUGACUGCUGGGAUAGGCUCCAGCACGCCCCCGCCCCCCGUGGGAACAAGCGGUAUAGAAAAUGGAUGGAUGGACUAAAAGUUACAGUGCAUUCCAUAUCCAUCCUGAAAUUUCACUUAAAAGUCCAACAGCACUAACCUAUUGUAUCUUCAUCUUGGGCCGAUCGCAUCGCCAGACAACUCCGCUCAAGUCCCAUCACAAGCUUGAAAAUUGAUGUUUUGAGGUAAAAUGCGCAUCCUUCAAUACCGUUAUCAUGAAUAUGUCUAUAUUUGUUCAUUUCCCUGUCACUUGUUGUCUGUUUGUCACCGAAUGACAUUUUGUAAAUUUAUUUGUAUUUCAAAUGAAGUAUUUGUAUUUAUAACUAUGCUCAUCUGUUGUUUGGGUUGCUAAAAUGGCCUGGGAUGCUUUAGUGAUUGUUUGCUACUGUCAAAUAGUGUAAAUACACCGAGCGAGUGUUUUUUUUAUUUUCCUCUCAAUUUCUUUAGGGGCUUUUUGUUGCACUUGGAUGGAACCAAAAAAUCCAUUUUGUGCUGCUUCUCAAGAGGAAGUCUCUGACUUCAUUGGGUCUCAUCACUACUUGAUAUGAAGAUCACACUUGAAAGACAAACAUUGGUGCCAAAGCAAGGUUAGCCAUAAAAAACACACACAAGUAUAAAAAGCUGUUUGAACAACUCUAUAUCCUUAAUAUCCAGCUUGAGGUGUAUGUACUCGUUCUCACUUGUUAGGUAAUUUAGCAUACUAGUAGAACAACUAGGGCGCUUGAUGUAUAAUAAGAAUGAAUUUUUGCUGCGAUAAUGUGGUAUGGGUGUUUUUUUUUUUUGAUUGUUUAAAAAAAAAAAUGUAACCACAUAGUUAAACAAGAAAUCCUGAAUGGAGGAAAUAAAAAAUAAAAAAACAGAGGUGUUUUCUCCCCACCCUAUAUACCCAUAAAUUGUUGCAGUAGUACUAAACCACGCUGUUUGUGUUUUGUAUAAACAACAGUGGACCUUGAAAACAGCUGUCGUGGUGUUUUUGAAAGUGACCUUGUAGGAAUCGUUGGCCUGCAAAGUGAGUUGAGUGCAACUAAAGUGGCAGGUUCCUAAUCUCGUCUUAAAAUCAACCUCAAAGGAUUGUGCAUGCUUUACAUUCCACCAUAUUAUUCCCACCUUUACUUUUUAUAGUGCCUGUUUGCAGGAUUUUACUCAGCUCGUGGAAACUUCUUUGUUUAAUACAGAAGCAAAUGUGUCGAGGAGUUUUUCAUGCAAUUUGAAGCUAAUUUGUUGGAUACAUUUUGGGAUGAUUUCAGGAUUGUUUUUUUUAUUUCAUAUUUGUUGAUAUCUGUACCCUUAAUUAUGUCUUUUUUCAUUUCUUGUUUUAAAUUGACAUUUAGCAGGUUAGCCUUGGCCCCCCCCCCCAAAAAAGACUUGUCAUUGUAUGUGCGUUGCUCUCCAUGUGAGGUGUUGGACUCUCAUUUGCUCUCAAUUGCCAUUUAUGUGUUUUUGUCGUGUGUGUGUGCGCGUGUGUGUGUGUGUGUACUUCCCCAGCAAAUCUCUUUGUCUUCAUGUUAACUGGACCUUGUGAAGUUCCUACUAUGUGGGGAUCUUUUUCAGACUGAUGUGACAAUGUGUGUGUGUUUGUUUUUAUUGUCUUAACAGUGCUUGAAUAAAAUAUUCACCCAAAAGUCCAAA